AUGGUGCUCUUGGCGAUCAGCCAAGCUGCCGUGAUUCUUGCGAUUGGAGUGGCGGCGAGUUGGAAGGAUCAACAUCCACAACAACGGUACCGUAUACAUUCUUUGCGACUACCAUGUUACAGCUGUAUGAGUCCAUAUUUGGAGGAUCAUUACCCGUAUAUCUCACAUCUCUACCGUAAACCGUUGUCUUUCGACCCGCAUUGUGAUAGAAACAAUCUCGACCGAAGCUACCUGUUCGUGAAGAACUGCUCCGAUAUGUGUGUUACGCUACGAAUUAACGAUGUAGUAGGAGGACGACGGAGGCAUGGUUACGUUCGAGGAUGCUUGUCUGAUAUCCACGGAUAUAAUCACAGUUUAGUACGAGCUUUGAGUGAGCAUCCAGGUUGCCUAGACACCACGGCUCGUCAACUGUUUAUGCCGACAGCGUUACGACAAGAACUGGAACCGUCACGUUUAACAAUUUGCGGAUGUCAUGCGAAUCUUUGUAAUUCUUCAUCGCUACGGAUAUUUUCAUCCGUAACGAUCACGAUGUCGGUAUCCGUCGUCCUCAUUCUGUUCACUACCAUGAUCUAA